AUGCCCCUAGAGGGGCUACUUCCGGUACUGGCGGAGGAACAAACCGCUUAUAUGCUAUCAAAAGUUGCCAAGAGCAAGAUGAUUUGCCAGAUGUUGUCACUGAAUGACAAAGUUAUAGCUUAUGCCUCCAAACAGUUGAAACUUCAUGAGAAGAACCACCCAACCCUUGACUUAGAAUUGGCUGCUGUAGUAUUUGCUUUGAAAAUAUGGCUCCAUUAUCUUAAUGGUGUUCAUGUGGAUGUAUAUCCUAUUGUAUUGUUUGAAGUUGGUGAAGCAGGGUUGAAAGGACCAGAUUUAGUCCUUCAAGCUAUGGAGACGGUGAAGAUAAUCAAGCCUCCACGAAGAGCUGACAAAGGUCAUUCUAAUAGAUGUAAUGUUGAGGAAAACGAGUUAUCAAAUGCACCUUAA